CUCGCGCGCAGCCGCGGAGCUUACCCGGAAGAGAUCGAAGCCGGGUCACCUUUAAGGGACCUGGAAGGGAGUGUUUGGCCUCGGGAACGGCGUCGAGAUGUGGUUCGAGGUUCUCCCCGGGAUCGCCGUCAUGGGCGUGUGCUUGUUCAUCCCGGGAAUGGCCACCGCGCGCAUCCACAGGUUCAGUAACGGGGGCAAGGAAAAAAGGGUUGCCCAUUAUUCAUAUCAGUGGUAUUUGAUGGAAAGAGAUAGGCGCGUCUCUGGAGUAAACCGUUACUAUGUGUCAAAGGGUUUGGAGAACAUUGAUUAAGGAAACGUUUUCCUGGUUGAUGAAGAACAACUCGGUCAUGCUCUUCUAUCCCUGCUAGUAGAUUAUGCAGCAUAUUGUGUAGCAUGCAUUGUAUUUUGUAGUGUGUAAUAAAAAUAAAAAAUAAAAUCAGA